GGCAAAUCAUACCGGCAACUGUUCAAAUAAGCGGUAAAGGAAAAGGGGGACACAAUGCUCUCUUUCAGCACUUGCUGUACGAGGACGACCUCUUAUAAAUCAGCACCGUCUUCACCAAUGAACCCACUCUCACUUUUGGUCCUCGGUGGUCUCGUCUUGGCCAAAGGAGGCCUGGGGGAGAAAGGAGCAUUCGAGAGGAUUCUUGACGUUAAUCUUGGAAAUGACAUUCCAGAGAGUCCGCACCACUUAUCCCAUCUCUACGAAGGAGACAUCAAGUUAUCAGAAGAACAGCGACUGAAUAAUAUCCUCUUUGGAAACCCUGAUGGAGCACCGUCACGCGCUGCAACUAAUGUUGACAAGAUAAAGUGGCCCAAUGCUGUCAUUCCUUACGAGUUUGACUGUAGUGUUGCCAGCAUGGAUCGGGCUGUGAGAACCACAAUGGAAGCCAUUGCCGAGUGGGAGAGCAAGACGUGCAUCACGUUCGUGAAGAGGACAACUGAGAAGGAAUACCUGUGGUUCCACCGUGGAAUGGGUUGCUGGUGCGAGGUUGGUAAAGUACGAGGUCGUAAGACAUGGCUGUCCAUUGGAAAUGGAUGUGAAUACAAACACGUCAUGACCCAUGAGCUUGGACAUGCGAUUGGCUUUUGGCACGAGCAGAGUAGACCUGAUAGAGACAACUACUUGAAGAUCCACUGGGAAAAUAUUCUUGACAGCAUGGCGUACAACUUCAAGAAGAAAGUUCAAGGUACAGAUGUAGUCGACUAUGGAGUUCCGUAUGACUACGCAUCCAUCAUGCAUUACCCGUGGACUGCUUUCUCCAAAAAUGGUAAAAUGACAAUGGAGCCAAUCCGCUCACUCAGUGGUAAGACCCCGUAUGUGAAACUCAGCGAUGACGACGCAUUGCAGGCACGCAGGAUGUACAAAUGUUCCAGCCGUCGUGCCGAGAGGGGAGCUGAAGCCUAUACAGCACCCGAACGAUGUGCGGACAGGGCCAAUACACCUGACUGCGAGGGCUGGAGAGAUGCUGGGUUCUGUACACAACAUUCGUCCAUGAUUUACCACUGCAAGAAAACUUGUGGAUUUUGUACAUCUAAUGCUUGUAUGGACCUGAAAUUUGAGUGCAAGAAAUGGGCCACUGAAGGAAAAUGUUCAUCAGACAAAGCUAACAUGGAUAAGGAGUGCCCCAAUUCCUGCAAGACUUGCAAAACCUGCACAAACCCAUCGCCCAAGAUCUGCGUGGACAGAGCCACGUCAAAAGAUUACGAAAUGUGGAAGUCAUCUGGGUUUUGCUCCUCGCACGAUGCAAUGAUUUAUCAUUGCAAAAAGACUUGUGAUUUUUGUUCGUCAGGUACGAAUGGUAAAAGUAAGACUUGGUCGGAAGAUCCGCUUACGAAUGACAUUUAG